UAGAUUGUAACAUAGAAAUUGAAAAAGGGACUAACAGCAUGUCCUCGCUUCAAUUGAAAACUGCUUAUGUACAUGGAAACCUGUAAUUUUCGUGGAUCCUUUUUUUUAUAGAUAGUAUCGUAAACCUAACUGCAUUCAUACGGAUUACAUUUUUGUUUUUUUAAAUCAAGAUUGGAAUACAACGACGAAGCAAUGAGACGGCAAGUACCGUUGCUCAUCUUGGUUCUCUCACUCACUUCGACGUUCGGACAAGUCAGCUACUCCAUUCCGGAGGAAAUGGAAAGAGGUUCAUUAGUAUGUAAAAUAGGUCAAGAUCUAGGUUUGGAUUUUUUAAGGCUCAAAUCGGGCAAAGCUCGUAUUCAUUCGGGUGACAGUGCAGAAUAUAUCGAGCUGAACAAAGAACGGGGUGUCCUGCUUAUCAAGGAAAGAAUAGACAGAGAAAUAUUGUGUGGAGAAACAACGCCCUGUGCCUUACAUUUGCAGAUGAUUUUGGAAAAUCCGAUGGAAUUGUUUCGCAUAACAAUAGAGAUUACAGACAUAAACGAUAAUGCUCCGUGCUUUGCGUCGAGUGAAACACGUUUUGAAAUCAGUGAGUCCGCCGUUAUUGGUUCUAAAUUUGUGCUUGAGAAAGCCAUCGAUGCAGACAUUGGUGUAAAUGAUAUCCAAAGCUAUACGCUUAAUCCAGCAAACAACUUUGCAUUGAAAAUAGAGAAUCAAGCGGACGGAAGUAAAAAGGUGGAAAUGGUUCUACAGAAACCUCUAGAUCGAGAGCACCAGAAUCAGAUAUCACUGUUAUUAACUGCUCUAGACGGUGGAGAGCCGCGCAAGUCUGGUAAAAUGCAGAUAACGGUUAACGUGUUAGAUGCUAACGAUAAUGCACCGGUUUUCACUAAGUCAGUUUAUAAAUCAACAAUUACCGAGAAUUCCCCGAGGGGAACCAGUGUUAUAACUGUUAGUGCAUCUGACAAAGACGGAGGCUCUCAUGGCGAAAUUUCAUACGCUAUUUCAAAUAGCAAGCGCCGUUUAUCAGACUUAUUUCAGAUUGAUAGGAAAACGGGAGAAGUGAUCUUAAUAGGUGAAUUAGAUUACGAAAAAGCUAAAGUAUUUCAAAUUGAUAUCGAGGCUAUGGAUAAUGGAGGACUCUCUGAUUCCAGUAAGAUUCUAAUAGAUAUCACUGAUGUCAAUGACAACAGUCCUCAGUUGAAGAUACUCUCUAAAUCUGACGCCAUUUCAGAAGACUCUCCUCACAACCACGUGAUUGCUAUGUUAAGCGUAAAUGACCCGGACUCUGAAAGGAGUGGCGAGGUGACAUGUAAUAUUAACGAUGACAUUCCUUUUAAAAUUCAUAACACAAUGAAUGGAUUUUAUAGUUUAGUAACAGAGGUAGCUUUGGAUAGAGAGGUAGCAUCCCAAUUUAAUAUAACUGUGACUUGCUCCGACAAAGGACUCCCCUCCCUCUCCAGCAGCGUCACUCUCACCUUACAGAUCUCUGAUGUUAAUGAUAAUUCGCCUGUCUUUGAGAGGAGCUCAUAUGAGGCCUAUAUUGUAGAAAACAACACACCGGGUCUCUCUGUAUUCACAGUAAAAGCCAGAGAUGCUGACUGGAACCAGAACGCGCGUGUUUCUUACAUACUGGAGGACUCCUCUGUUAACGGAGUGCCAGUCUCCUCGUAUGUGUCCGUUAGUGCUGAUAGUGGAGUCAUCCACGCAGUGCGCUCUUUUGACUACGAGCAGAUCAAAGAUUUCCACUUCCGCGUCAACGCGCAAGAUGGAGGCUCCCCUCCACUCAGUAGCAACGUGACUGUGAAAGUGCUGAUCCAGGACCAGAACGACAACCCUCCUCAGGUUCUGUACCCGGUCCAGACUGGAGGCUCUCUGGUGGCUGAGAUGGUUCCUCGUUCAGCAGAUGUGAGCUAUCUGGUCACUAAAGUGGUGGCUGUUGAUGUGGACUCUGGACAGAAUGCCUGGCUCUCCUACAAACUGCAGAAAGCCACAGACAGGGCGCUGUUUGAAGUGGGCUUACAGAAUGGAGAAAUAAGAACUAUCCGCGGAGUCACUGAUAAAGAUGCAGUGAAACAAAGACUGACUGUGAUCGUGGAGGACAACGGGCAGCCCUCUCGUUCAGCUACAGUCAUUGUUAACGUGGCGGUGGCGGACAGCUUCCCGGAAGUGCUGUCUGAGUUCACUGACUAUACACAAGACAAGGAGUACAAUGACAACCUGACCUUCUACUUAGUGUUGGCUUUGGCUGUAGUUUCCUUCCUCUUCAUCACGUGUUUAGUGGUUAUUAUAUCAGUGAAGAUCUACAGAUGGAGGCAGUCUCGCGUCCUGUAUCACUCCAAUCUCCCUGUGAUUCCAUAUUAUCCACCACGUUACUCAGACACUUUGGGGACAGGGACUCUCCAACACGUGUACAACUACGAGGUGUGCAGGACGAAUGACUCCAGAAAGAGUGACUGUAAGUUCGGCACAGUCGGUAGUCAGAACGUGCUGAUAAUGGACCCCAGUUCUACAGGAACGAUGCAGCGGAUACAAAGUGAGAAGAACAUCCUGGAUGAACCAGACUCUCCUCUAGAGGUUUGUCAUAAGCUGCUAAUA